GUAAAAUUGUAUAAGUCAUGAUACAAAAUAGAUAUCCAUAUCAAAACGAUACACAUAGGUGUGUGUGUAUGUAUGUAUGUAUGUAUGUGUAUCAUUUCAUUUUUCUUUUAAAUAUCAACCAAUGAUAAACAUUGGAAGGAAAAAAAAGGAAUAUGAAUUCAUAAAACCCUACUAGAUUAUUUCUUUCUCCUGGAUACCACUACUAGUACUAUUUAAAACAAACACAACACGCAUAUUGAAACAUUGAACAGACUAUUCAACACUUUGAAACAUUGAACAGACUAUUCAACACUUUGAAACAUUGAACAGAAUAGUCAACUCUUUGAAACAUUGAAUUCAUUCAAACAAGAAGACUGAUUGUUUAAGAAAAAGAAAAAAGAAAAGAAAAAAGAAAAAAAGAAAAAUGGUUUGUUGCAAAAAACAAAAUAAACUAAAUGAUAAUUAUCUUGAUAAAAUUCAUUCACAUAUUGAUUUAAAACAAUUAGAAUUAUUAGAACGUCAAUUUAUAUUAGAUUGUAUUGCUGUUAGAAAAAUCUGUGAUGAUUAUUCUAAAGCAAAUCCAAAACAUGGAUCUAUUAUACCACCAUAUAAUGGACAAUUAGAUCCAUAUGCUAAAUCAUAUUUUGAAUCAUUAAAUAUACAAAAAUUAUUAGAAAAAACUGGUCAGACACCACCUGGAACAUCAAUUGAAGGUGAAAUAGCUGAUAGAUUUAUUAUAAACGGUGCACCAACGGAUUAUAUUCGACGACGUAAUAAAAAUGGUUGUGGACAUUCAAAAGAAAUAUGGGGUGGACAUUGAAAUGAAGUAGUAACCUAACUAUGAAUAGAAAAUGAAGUGGACCAAAACUUCAUAUUUCAUUCCUAUUACAACUAAUAGUAUUAUUACACAAAAAUGUCUUUAAUAUCUCUUUAUGUGACAUAUGACUUUGUAUGUAUAGUGUACUAUAGCAUUGUAAUGAUGAGUAUAUUAGCUAAUUAAUAGUAAACACGUUUAUUUCUAUGAGAAUAGAUAUCUAUGGAUGAAUUAAAUGUAUGCAGUGAGAUUCAAUCUUAUUGAUAUCAAAAGGGCUUUGUGGAUAUUAUAGUAAUUUUAAUAGUUGAGAUCAUGAGUCGAUUGAAGCUAGACUACCAUGGGAAACGUGAAUGCACUGAACGGCCGUUUCGUUCUACUGUGGGACUCCUCAGCAAUGUACAUCCACGAUCCCGCCUCGCGAGAUUCGAACACAGGAGCUAUAAGUCUCUAAUCCACGAAAUUGAGCGACACAUCCACCAUUGUCUUCAGCGAGUUACUAUAUUACGAUAUUAUUCAACCAUUGUCUCACUUCUAAAAUAGAAGUUUAUACAGAUAGAUCACUGUGAUUUCUUACUAGAAUUAUAAAUGGAUAAAUGAAAAUAGGUGGAUGAGUUGAAGUUAAACAUUAACACUGUUGGAUACCGCCCGGCUCAGUGGUCUACUGGUUAAGCGCUCACGCGCGAGACUGAUAGGUCUUAGGUUCGAAUCUUGUGAGGCGGGAUCGUGGAUGUGCACUUCUGAGGAGUCCCGUAGUAGGACGAAACAACCGUUCAGUGCAUCCAGGUUUUUCAUGGUGGUCUAGCUUCAAAUGACUCAUGAUCUCAACUAUUAAAAUUCAGUGUUCUUAAUUAAUUUCAAUACUUUUAUUUCUUAUCAAGAAUUACAUUAACUCAGGUAAUUCUUCUGAAUGUUUGUCUAACUUAUCGUGUAUAAAUCCUGUCUUGCAUGAUUAAAACUAGUAAUCGGACACAAUGAAGUUUAAUAAGAGUGAACCUGAUCUCUGUACCAUAUCCAAGAAAUCCAAGUCUGUUAGGUAUUUGUAGAUGGUCGACAGGAUAUCGUGCUAUAUGACACUUUUCAAUAGAGCGUAGUUGCAAUUUUGAUGGAGAUGGUGUUCCCAGUGAGAUUUGAACCAGAACCAUCAGGUUUCACAGUUUGAUAUUUUAUCACUGAGUUGUUCGGACUUCAGAGUGUGUGAGUGACUUUCCUCAAAGAUUGAUAUCAAUUGGUAAAUAAUUAAAAAACAAGAGAGAACUGAACAUUUGGCUGUCACAUACUAUUUCGAAACUCCUAUAUAGUUAGCACAUACGAUUCUACUCGUUAUCUUGAAUUCAGUCAUAAUUACUUCCACAUUAUGUUUUGAAGAAGGCGUGUAGUUAAAUAGGUUUUGUGUUCAAUAAAGCUUUAGUUUUGUAUAAAUCUUUUCAAAAAAUCUGGCACGUCUAUUAUAAGUAAAAUAAUAUUGGCGGAAAGCUCGUAAAGAAGGUUAUCCAUGUAACAUCUGGAAUUUUAUAACGUCAUAAUUUUUAUUGACAAGUUACCGACGUUUGCUCUUUCUACCGGGAAUUUUACUAAAUACCGUAUAUAGACAUAUUCACGUACUCUCUAGUACUAGCCACAACUCAAUUUUUUUACAGUGCAGUACAUAUGGACGGAAUAUAACUGGUUUCUAGAGGAAGGCAGGGAGAGAGGGAGAAACAAGAAAUAGACAGCAGAUGGAAAUUUAUUUCAUUAUCCAAAUAAUGUAUCAAUAUAGUCAUUUUGAUAUAUUUAUUUUGUACUCAGUCAGUCAGUCAGCUACAACGUAGGACCAGGCACAUACAUGCAUCGGUUCAAGUUGCCAUUACCUCAUUAAC